ACAGAGAGAGAGAGAGAGAGAGAGAGAGUAAGGGAGAGAGAGAUAGAGGGAGAGAGAGAGAGACAGAGAGAGAGAGAGAGAGAGAGAGAUAGAGGGAGAGAGAGUAAGGGAGAGAUAGAGAGACAGAGAGAGAGAGAGACAGUAAGGGGGAGAGAGAGAGGGACAGAACCGGGCCGCAGAGCGACAUCAUGUCCGUUAACGAGUUGUACGCGUGCGAGCGGCCGUUUAAACCGAUCGCGCUGCUCUGCGUUUUCCUCGCGCUGUGUUUGGACGUCGCGGCGCUCGUGAGUCCCGCGUGGGUGACGGCAGAGGGAUACGCGCUGUCCCUGUGGGAGUCCUGCACCGACAACACGGCCGUGUGGACCUGCGUGUCCACCCUCACAUCCGAUUGGCAGAUUGCUACGUUGGUGUUGUUGUUAUCUGGAGCCUCAGUCACACUGCUGUGCUUUCUGGUUGCUGUGAUUUCACUCUGCAGAGGAACGAACAGGAAGCACUACAGAACUGUGGCUGUGUUUCUCUUCACAGCAGUGGUCCUCCAGACAUGUGCUCUUGUUCUUUAUCCAAUCAAAUUUAUUGAGUAUAGAAUGCUGCACACGUACCAUGAGUUUAAUUGGGGUUACGGACUCGGAUGGGGAGCUACCAUUUUUAUGCUGGGCGGGGGGAUCCUGCUCUGCCUCCGGACAGACAUGUAUGAAGAUGGAAUGUACUGAAGCAACUACGCACUACACACACACACACACACACACACACACACACACACAGCAUAUAAAGCUGCUAGGUUUGCACUGCAAUACUACAAACACUAUUUUAUACAUCCUAACAAAUGUCUGUGCUUCCAAAAUCUCACUCACACACACACACACACACACAUACGAACACACACACACACACACAGCAGGUGCUGCUAGGUUUGCACUGCAUUGCUACAAACGAAUUAAAGACAUACAAACUUUCUAUUUUUCUCUGACCUUCGACCUCUUUUGGCAGCUAAUGUUAGCACAAUGCAACAUUAGCAUAGCUGACUAGCUUAGCUAACCUUGCUAACCUUUGAAAAUAAAUAAGUCCUUUAUGCUUUAAAUCAUGUAAGCAUGUUGACUUGACCAGUAAGAGCUGAUGGAAUGUAUUCUAAGCCCUGCCCAUCCUGCGAAAGCUCCACCCCUGUGUUGGAGUCUACACACACCGCACUCAGCACAUCCUGUGUUUGGGUCACAUGACAGAUUUCUGCUCAUUACAGCUCUGUUUCUUCUGACUGAAGUGUAUUAUAGAUAUAUUUACUGUUCACACUUUGUAUAUUUUCAGUAUAAUAUCAUUAGAAAACAUAUCCUCCUAUAAUAUCCUCCAUCCUCGAUGUACAGAUGAAUAUGAAGGACAUAUUUGUGUUAUGAUGUAUUUUUUGAAGCAUUUGAUGGUGGUGUUACACAACGUACAAAUUUAUUUUAUUUCUCUAUUUUCAAUAAGAAA